UCUCUCUCUCUCUCUCUCUCGCUCCACGGUCCGGCAGGCUGAGAAGCGCAGCAGCUGUGUGUGAUGUGUGUGUGUGAAUGAGGGAGGGAGAGGGAGAGGUAGACGGAGAAGGAGGAAGGUUUUCUAUCACCGACCCUCGCUACCCCUGUGGUCGAGAACAGUUCUCUGACGGCGGUUGGAGGAGGCAGCUAGACUCGUGAGGCGACUGGUAACCUUGGAGGCACGCCAAACCGCCCAGGAGGUGGGAAGAGGGAUAGAAGGAGAGAGCGGUGGAAGGAUGGCUCUCUCCCUGAUCUGACAGAAGACAUUUGUUCGGUAAAUGAGCGGAGGGCACGGUAUUGACGCAAGACAGCAGGUGAGUAACCAUGGAAUCCAUUCACCUCCUGGACGGCUCCAAGAAACGGGUGAAGAUCCACCCUCACACCGUCACCGCCAAGUACGCCCCACACACACCCCACACACACACACACUUCCCCCAGCCCGGAGACGAGGGCUACGAUGACGCUCCCUCCUUCGAGGACUUCGGCUCCUUCCUGGAGGAGACCUCGGACAAGAAACAGCUGACAGGAACCAGGAAGUGGACAGGAAAGGCCGGCGCUCUGUUUGGAGGGAAGGACAAAAACAAAGACACACCCCCUAGACCUCCCACGGGGGGAGGAGAGGGGGGAGUGGAGGGAGGAGGGGGAGGGAAGGGUGCAGGAGGAGGAGGGGGAGUAGGGGAACAGCUAGCGAGUUUCGGCGAGGCGUCUGUCUCUGCGUCUCGGCUCACGUGGGCCAGUGUAGUCGGGGCGGGUCUGGCUCACGGCUGUGUGUGUGUUCUGACGCGCCUGGCCGCCUCACGCUUUAACCUUCCCCCCUUAACUCUACUCUUGGUACGCUCCAUCCUCCAGCUGCUCUAUGGGACUGUACCAAUGAAACGGGCGGAGACGGCCUUUGGCUCAAAGGGCUAUCGGAGGAAGCUGCUCCUGUACGGUGUGACUCACUCCUUCUCCCUCUGCUGCGCUUACUCCUCCUUAUCCUUCGUCUCCCUCGGCGACGACGAGGCCAUGUUGACAACCUGGCGCCUGGCGACCACCGUCCUGUCGGCCACUCUGGCGUUGUUGCUCCUGGACGAGCGGCUGGGAUUGGUGGACCUGGUCACCGUAGCGACAGGCGUGUUAGGACUGGGUCUGGCGCUAGUUCCUAACCCGACAGGGCUGGAUGAGAACAACAACGGGACCGGGUCAGGGAUGCCCAUUGGGGGGAUGCCCAUUGGGGGGAUGCCCAAUGGGGCGACACUGGCACAACAGUCGGCCCAGUUCUGGCGGGAAGCGUUUGGCUGGUCCCUGACUGUUCUAGCAGGACUAUGGAUGUCUCUGGCUCUAGUGAUGUACCGCUCUCUGAAGGAACGGGUCAGUGUCGGCACCGCUCUGUUCACUGUCAGUUGGACCGGCUGUCUGAGCACCGCAGUCUCCAUGCUUCUCCUCCAACAGGGGCCAGUGUGGCCGGCCAGUCUCCAGGCUUGGUGCAUCGUCCUGGGGGUAGCUGUGUGCUCUGCUGGGGGAUUCGUGGGGGUGACCCAUGGCCUCACCCGACUACACCCAGCUUUGGUGUCGGCUACUCAGGGUCUGGAAGUACCGGUCGCUAUGAUGCUGGAGAUCGCUGUGAUCCCAUUGGUUCCCUCAGUGUGUGAGGUCAUAGGGGGUGUGGUGGUGGUGGCGAGUGUGGGUUGGCUUGUUACAGUGAAGCUCCUCCCCUCUCGAGGAAGUGGGAGGAAACAGAGAGAAGAGUACGAAGAGAUCCUGGACUCGCCGAUUAAAUAACACACACACACACACACACAGAAUCACACAAGCACAUGCAGGGAGACAUGCACGCACAAAGAUUCUGGACUUGCCAAUCAAAUAGACCACUCCCCUUCUAUCUAUGUUUCUGUCUAUCUCUCUUUUCCUAGGGGUUUUGUGCUGUAUUCUCUCUCUCUCUCUCUCUGACCUCCUCUGAGGUCCGUGUAUAUAAGAGGACUCUAUGGUGAAUGUUAAUGCUUGAGCUAAAAUAGCUGUUUUUAACCACAGAUCUAGGAUCAGAUACACCAACUCCAAUCCUUACCUUAACCAUUAGGAGGUUUCAAAAUAUCUGACCCUGUAUCAGUGGUUAGGAAAAACAUCUACCUACUCCAAUGUGAAUAGUAAAUGUAUCUAUUUUGUAUUGUAGUUGUUAUUGUUGUAAAGUGCCAAUACUGUAUUGUCUUACUGGCUAUUGUGAUAGUGUGAUGUCAUAUUAAAACCUUACAGUGUUACUGUGAUUUGCGCUCUG